AGCUGAUGAAAAAGUCAUUAAGCGUUCUUUCUGCACGAUGCUAGAUAACUGAGAGAAAAGCUAGAGAUUGACAAUAUGGUGCCUGACACAGCUGUCCAAGAAAAGAAGUCUUGUUCAUGUGAGCACAACACCACACUGUUCUGGUGUGGGCCGGGUAAGAACAUUCCAGUCCUACACUUCAGACCUGAUGUUUGUCUUUAUAAGAACACUGAGUGCUCCUGCAACAAGAUGGUUUCAAGUGGGGUCGGGCUGACGUAUAAGUUUGUAAAGACAGAGUGUAGACUUCUCAGGACUCUAUUGGAGGGGCAUGGUUUCAGAGAGAUUCACCAGAACAGUAACGACUUCAACCUAAUGUGGUGUGGGUGUCACGUUAAACCCUACACUCUACGAGGACUCACUGAACUACAAAAAGUCAACCACUUUCCCAGGUCGUACGAAAUAACAAGAAAAGACAGGAUGUACAAGAACUACAUGCGAAUGAGGCAGACCAUGGGUGCCAAACAUUUCGAUUUUCUCCCCGUCACAUAUGUGCUACCUUCAGAAGUGAACGAAUUUUACUCCUGUUUCCAAAGAGAACGAGGUUUCUGGAUUGCUAAACCUGUUGCUUCUUCUCGCGGGCGGGGGAUCAGUAUCAUCAGCCAUCCGAACCAAGUGAACCUGGAAGAACAAGUGGUCGUAUGUAAAUACAUCAGUAACCCCCUUCUUGUAGAUGGCUUCAAGUUUGAUCUACGGAUAUACGUUAUGGUGACCUCGUUUGACCCUCUACGAAUAUACAUCUUCAACGAGGGCCUAGCUCGGUUCUCCACUGUGCGAUAUGACGGGUCACCCCUCAACCUUAACAAUAUGUUCAUGCAUCUCACAAACUACAGCGUUAACAAGAAAAAUGCGGGUUAUGUGAAGUGCAGUGACCCGGAUAUAGAGGAUUAUGGCAACAAGUGGUCCAUGUCAGCACUACUGCGGUAUCUUAAGAGUGAGGGAUACGAUACAGCAACUAUGAUGAUGCGUGUAGAGGACCUGAUCAUCAAGACGUUGCUUUCUGCGGAGGUUCCAAUUGCAAAUGCGUGUCGCAUGUUUCUUCCUCAUCGAGAAAACUGCUUUGAGCUCUUUGGUUUUGACGUUAUUUUCGAUGAAGAUAAGAAACCUUGGUUACUCGAGGUGAAUCUCUCUCCUUCUUUAGCCUGCGAGUCUCCUAUUGAUCUCAAGAUCAAGUCUAAUCUAGUGAGCCAUAUGCUGACGUUAGCUGGUGUAGUAGCUCUAGAUCCGUAUAGUAGACGAGAUCAGUUCGGGAGCACUGGACGGAAGAAGUCUAACAAGGCAAAGCCGCAAGUUCAACCCUACACAUACACACAGUUUAAUCCGGAAAUUAAGGGAUCGUACUCCAUGUCAGUGGACGGCACAAACGCAGCUCCGCUAUCUAACGAAGACCUCAGGCUGGUACGACAAACUAAAGAAGAGUUCGUGAGAAAGGGAGCUUUUUCUAGAGUGUUCCCCACUGAAGAGUCGUGGGAUCUGUACAGUCAGUUUCUGGAGAACAAGACCCACUAUAACUUCAUGUUACAUUCACAGCUUUAUCCUAACAGAUUCCCCUUCACGCACAGAUCGAAAGAGAAAAGCAGACCGAACUCAGCAGUCGUCUCUAUGAACAAGUUCAGGGACAUGAACUCCAGUGCGAACAGAACACACAACACUAUUUACACUGGGGUUAAAGACAGAUACAUCAGAUACGAGAAGUCUUUACAACCACUGGGAUCAGUAGAGGACUAUCCCCCGGACGCGCUGGUAGAUGCCAUAACCCCGGACUUUGACCUCCCUGACGACACCACUGACACCACCACCACUAGGGAUGAGCUGGAUACAGAGACUAGUUCAGUAUAUUCAUGCGAGUUUGAUGGGAUAAGGAGGACUAUUGCGACCCAAACUUUAAAAGAUACAGGGAAUAAAGCAUGCUCUCCAGACUCCGCAAUUGAUUCCCCAGAUAUCCCCACAGACGCCCGACCCCUCGUGGAGAUAUUAGCUGGAAUCAGACGAGGUUGUCUCCGGCCCCUCUCCUUCCCAGAGUGCUACCACCCCAUAUAUUCUCCUCCCUUCUCCUCUACCUCCUACGACAGACACACCUCUGUCUUCACACCAACCUACACCACCUUCAACCCUAAAACUCAGACGUUCGAGUUACCUCUGAGUAGGAAGGAGAGGGUGGCUCAGUACAGUGUGUAUGUUGACCAGAUGAACAAGACGAACAGCAAGGUGAAUCUGGUUGAUUUGAAGUGUUCUAAGAGUGUACUCAGGCUCCUGCCUCAACGUCCUAGAAGUGGUGAUGCGAAGAAAAGGCUUGAGGAGAGGGGCCCUAUGAUGCUGGAUUCGAGCCAAAAAGAAAGGGAACGUCCUGGGUCCUUGACUUUGCGUGCCUUCCCGUCUGAUAUCAAACCGGUAGAGAAGAGAGGGUAUGAGAUCAGGAUGGGGACCGAAAGACGGACCAACCGUCCUCAGGAGCAACCCUGGCGCCAAGAAGGAAGGAAUGCAGAUCGUCACUCUCUGGAUAGAUCACAACCAGAUAUGUUGUCGAGCAAUAAAACUAUCACCAGUGGAAACACCGUGACCUCUUCUAAACCAAGGUACCAAAGUGACCGAACAAAGAAUGUCGACCCGCGUCAUCAGCGAUAUGACUCCAGGCAGUCUCUUACUAAGAGCCCUAGCCUCACUUCUCGGCAGAAGUUAUCAACCGCUUAUAUCUCCAGGGAACCAACCCGACCAGCAAUCCCUCAGCGACCAGCUGUACAGAUUCCCACCGAGAGAAGGGUUCCUAAAACGGAGAAGGCAAUCGGAGUGGAGAUCAUUAAGCAGGGGCAGCUAGAUUUCGGGUAUAAGAAGAUUGCUCCAGGAACAGUUCUGACUUAUGCGAAGUUUCUGGAAGAGCAGAAAAAGAGGGGUACUCGCCCUGCCAGUUGUCAGACUUCAUUACAUUCUAGUUUUGAUGAUGUGCCUAUAAAAAAGGUAAAAGGUAAAGGAAACAAAGCGAAAAACGCCGGAACACAAAAAGGAGCAGAAAGCAAAAAGUUUACCACCAAAGGAACUGGAAAACCAAAAAAGGGUGGUAAGAAACAGGAAGGAAGAACGACUAGUGAAGUUUCUUUGACAAAGGUAGCCAGCAAGAGCAGCCUCUCAAAGAAUCCCCAAGGUAGUUCCUCCACCCUAAACAGGAGCUCUAAAGCUUUAAAAGUGGACGACGUCAACGAAAAGCCACAAAAACAGCAACCUACAAAGAUCAAGAAAACUGUUUCUCAAAACUCGGUGCAAAAACUUGCUCAAUCUGGAGGGACAGAGCUGAAGCAAGCAAGAAAGAAGAAGGCUCGACCAUCGUCUGCCAGCAGCCGCAGAUCCACUGAUUCUAGGAAGAGUGCUUCUCUGGAAACUAAACAGAAGGCAAACAUGCAGGGAGUGAAACAGAAAACAGGAACAGAGGAAACCAAAGUAGUCGCAAAUGAUCGAGAAGAUAGACAGAAAGUGGAAUCUCAGAAAGAGGAACCUCAGAGACAGAAAGAGGAAUCUCAGAAAGAGGAACCUCAGAAAGUAGAAUCUAAGAAAGUAGAUCCUUACGACGCCCCAGGGCUAUAUUGUAACGACUGCGUAACAAAACAAGUCGCUGAAGCCAUCCCAGAAGCCAUCCAACCAGACCUUGAGCCAAUCCGAGAACCGGACAAUCAAAACACCUCCACAACCGAGGAAACUGGUGUCAAUGUGUCUGUGUUCACACGUGACAACAUCACGGUCUCCCCACGCGACGUCACGGUCUCGCGCACUAUGAACAACGACAGAAUGACAAUCCUUGUUACAGUUCCCCGUACAUCCGAGGCUCUAUUUAAUAAAACCAAGAUCGGUAAAGUUGAGAUAUCCCUAGCGGAUAGUGAUAUCUCGGUAACCUCCCAAUCAUCUUCGGAUAGUCAAACAACUCGGAGUAGUUCUAAAACUUCACUUUUUUCUUCCCAAGAUGACGUUCAACCCAUGCAAGUAGAGCAAAUAAAUGAGCCCAAAUCUCCUCCAGUGCCCCGGAAAACUAUCUCCCCUGAUAUCAUAACCUCUGAUAACUACAAAUCUCAAAAGGAGAACUCCCAUUCUAAGUUAGAGGUGGUUGACUCUGGGUACGGCUCUCCUGUCAACCUAUUAAACAUGAAGAGAAAACAUGUUUCUGUUGAGAGACCCAACUCUCGGGAUAACGACAAAGCAGGCUCUGUUAAAUCCGGUAAGUACAAGCCAAAAUCCUCUCGCAGCCGCAACUCUGUGGCUUCCUCUAAGAAAUGUGCAGCAACCCGGAAAGCCAGUGCCGCAUCCGAAACCAAAUCCUCUAAACCAUCCCCGUAUGGUAACGGCUACAUAGUGGUUCAGACUGAGACGGUACGGAGUAACAACCGACCCUCGGCUCGCUCCAGGAAUGUUGCCGAGGCAAGUCCUUACGGUUCGUCCUACGCUCGCUACCGACCCCCGCAACGCAGUCGCGCGACAGUCCCAAGACAGCCGCAAGACAGCCGCAAGAAGUCCCUGGGACCACGUCAUGCUGCGCUCCGACGAAGGAUGGAAGAAUACAGUUCCAAGAUAUCAGUUCAGCGUUUGGCAUCAAACUCGAAAACCAAAGAUUCGUUACCGAAUCUUUAUAAGGAGAGAAGGGUUGUGAACUACUUUAACAGUGAUCUAGCUUUAAAUAGGAAUAGAAUGUUGGUUGGUAAUGUCGCGGUCGAAGCACAGUCAGUCUUGGAAAUAAACCAGAGGAGAAAACAAAUUUGUCAGAGGAAAUUUCUAAACGGGGAUUGGGGCGAACAAAAUGACGAUCACGCGUAUGAAGGGCAAAUGGAUACGGUUGUCAAGUUCCUGAAACGAGCUAGUGCUAACCUUCACCUACAAGUGUUUAGAGUUAUCGUUCCGAGCAGAAAACUUCCCAUUUCUGACCAGAGACGAAUCCUGGCCAAGGAGUUAGGAGACUUCAUCCACAUAUACGGCAAGGAAACCCAGCAGCUAGCCCAGAAAGCUCUGAUGAGGAAAUUACUUCUGCAGUCUAAAGAUGACACCGACCCAGUAAACGAAGGAGAUCUACAAGAGUUCCUCUCCGUGGUAGAAGAGCCUGAUCUAGAGACGGUCCUGACCUCCUACACCACCGCUCACCCCUCUUCUGCUCUCUUUCUCGGAGAGGUUAAACAUGAGGAUAUCAACUCUCUUAUUAAAAGGAAGGAGGCUAGGAAGUCACUUGGCGUUACGAACCAAGCUGAGACGAGCGAGGAAAAAAUAUCAACGUCCGCUCUAAAACCCCCAAAGGAACAAACAAAACCAUCUUCUUCUUCGACACAAAAGUCCUCCAAAGACCGUCAAUCUAACAACCCCAAAACACCACGUGACCCAACUGGGAAAGGUGACAAAUCACGUGAUACACCGACCCUGGCUAAAAGCAGCAGUAAACAGAGUACGGGAACGAUAAGCAGUAAACAAAGUAUAGGAACAGUAAGCAGUGGUUACAGUAGCUAUAUCAGCAGCGGUGCAGGAGAUUCUGGCAAACAGAACCGACCUAAAACUGCGGGUGUUUCAAGAACUGUUAUAAAUGAGGCACUAAACCGCCUGAACAAACGUAACGAUUCUAGAAAGAUGUCUGUAACGACUGAUGACUCAACAGCCAAAACAAAAGGUCGUAUGAUGAAGAGGUGGAGUAGUGAAACAAAUUCACCCUACAUGGCAAGCGUCUCCUCCACCACCAUCACAUCCUUACCCAACAAGAAUAAACCUCCCAGCAGAUCACGCGACAAAAUCAGAAAAUCUCAGUCACGUGAUUCGCAUCAUCCUACACGUGAUAAAUCUACGUCACGUGACGCGCGCGGUAGCUCUGCACGUGAUAAUUCAGUGUCACGAGUCGGUAGUAAAUCAGCGGGUGCUAAGAAAAUACCAGUGUCAGCGAGUGAUAACGCGUUAAUUGUCACGCGUGAGGGAGAUCAGAUUGCGAGAAAAACUGCCGCUAACCUAAAAAACCCCCGAAGCAAGCGUUUCGUUCAGAGCGUAUGGACAGAGGAAUUUUGCAAACUCAUGGAUCUGCGAAUGUAUUCUCAUUGAGGACGAAAUUAUAAUAAUGAUAGUUAUAAAAUGCAUGGAGUAAAGAUGGAGAUUUGAUUAUCACAAUUUUAAGUUCAUGUUUACAGUUCAGAAUAUAAGAUUUGUUUAUUCCAUUUAUUCGACCAAAUUUGUUCGUUUCCUCUUUUGGUCAGUUCUCGACUAACGAAUUAGGAGCAAGUGUACUUGGUACUAAUUUGGACAAAUUGCAAAGGAAUUUACAUGUUACAUGACGUAUGAGGUGCAAUUAUCAUGGACAAUUGUCCCAGGCCCCUGAGGAUUGCAUAUGAAGCUUUAAGUUGGAUUAAUACAUUUCGUUCGCGUUGACCGAAAGUAUUUCUAUUAUGGGGUCGUUCACAUAUUACGUAAUCAUUUGUUGGAA